AUGCCACCAAAAGGCGGCCGCCAGGCCAACCUCCGUGCCUGUCUCAUUUGCUCCCUCCUCCAGACACCCAAGGAGUUUGUUGACUAUGGUUGCCCCAACUGCGAGGAUGUCUGCGAUAUGCGCGGCUCGAUGGAGCGUGUCGUGGACUGCACCUCGACCAUCUACGACGGCAUGAUUGCCAUGAUGGAGCCUGAGGAGAGCUGGGUUGCGCGUUGGCAACGUAUUAACAAGAAGCGCCGUGGACUCUAUGCCGUUCGCGUGACUGGCCGCCCACCACAGGACGUGGUUGAUGCGAUUGAGGCACGUGGUGGUCUGUACCGCCCGCGUGACGCCGUCGAGGAGCUGUAG